UUCAUAAAAACAGUGGAGACGUUUGUCUGUACAUGUCUGAGCUGAAGCGGGUUGUGUGUUGGUCUGGACCACAGACUUUAUAAAAACAUAUAUAAUUUACCUCUAACAGUUUGUAAACAUGACGGACAUUUUGUCUAAAGUAAAGAAGAGCGUGGGAGUGAAACAGAAGAAGACUGUUUCUCAGAGCGACCUCAACACGUUUGGUUUAAGAGGUAUUCAGCUCAGGUCCUACCAGCUGGACGGGGUGCAGUGGUUAUCUCAGUGUCUGGAGAACCAGCAGGGAUGUAUUUUAGGAGACGAGAUGGGUCUGGGAAAAACCUGCCAGACGAUUUCUCUCCUGGUGUUCAUGUCGGGAGCUCUCGGGAGGAAAGGUCCGUUUCUGGUGCUGAGUCCGCUCUCUGUCAUGGAGAACUGGAGGAAGGAGCUGGAAUGCUUUGCCCCGUCUCUGACCGUGCUGUGCUAUAAGGGGGACAAAGAGACUCGAGCUGAGAUUCAGAGGGAAACAGACACAAACCCCUUCCAUGUUCUGCUCACUACAUAUGAGCUGUGUCUCAAAGAUGCUUCAUUCCUGAGGCGGUGGAAGUGGAAAGUUCUUGUUGUGGAUGAAGCUCACAGACUGAAGAAUCAAAAUUCAGUGCUGCACAAAACUUUGACUCAGUUCUCAGUUGGAUUCAGAGUCCUGCUGACGGGGACCCCGAUCCAGAACAACCUGCAGGAGCUCUACUCCCUGCUGAACUUCAUUCAGCCAAACGUCUUCUCAGCUGACGAGGCUGAAGACUUUGUCAACGCUUAUUCCAAUGUGCAGAAUCAGCCUGCUCUCGCUUCUGAGCUGCAGAGCAUCCUGCAACCCUUCCUGCUCCGCAGAGUGAAGUCAGAAGUUGCUGUGGAUCUGCCAAAUAAGACGGAACUGGUGAUGUACCACGGCAUGUCGGCUCUGCAGAAGAAAUACUACAAAGCUAUUCUGAUGAAGGAUCUGGAGGUUUUUGAAAAUCAUCAGGGCAACAAGAACCGACUGCUGAACAUCAUGAUGAACCUGAGGAAGUGUGUGGACCAUCCGUACCUGUUUGAUGGAGUGGAACCAGAACCAUUUGAGAUGGGGGAGCAUCUUGUUGAAGCGAGUGGGAAACUUUGUCUUCUGGACAGCAUGCUGACAUAUCUCCACAAAGGAGGCCAUCGGGUGCUGCUGUUCUCUCAGAUGACCAGGAUGUUGGACAUACUGCAGGACUACAUGGAGUACAGAGACUUCAGCUAUGAGCGUCUGGAUGGAUCUGUUCGAGGGGAAGAAAGAAAUCUAGCAGUGAAGAACUUCAGCAGCAAAGAUAUCUUUGUCUUUCUUCUCAGCACUAAAGCAGGGGGAGUGGGUUUGAACCUGACAGCUGCUGACACGGUCAUCUUUAUUGACAGUGACUUCAACCCUCAGAAUGACCUGCAGGCUGCUGCACGCUGCCACCGCAUCGGGCAGAACAGGCCUGUGAAAGUGAUCCGCCUGCUUGCACGAGACACUGUGGAGGAGAUCAUGUACUCUCGUGCUGUUUCCAAGCUGCUCCUCACAAACACUGUGAUUGAAGAGGGACGCUUCUCUCUGCUGGACCAAGCUCAGUCAGCUGCUGCAGGGCUGCAGCUAAGUGAGAUCUUGAAGUUCGGGGUUGACAAGCUUCUGUCCUCAGAGGAGAGCUCGGUGCAGGAUGUGAAACUGGAGAAGAUCCUCGGCCCAUCCUGCGACGGUCAGUGGGUUGAUGAUGAAGACGUCAGCUCUCUCAGAGGAGAGGAGGAAGAAGAGGAAGAGAACGACUCUGAAUCUGACGGGCAGACUCACAUGUACUACUUUGAGGGCAAAGACUACAGUAAGGACCCGAGCGCCGACGACCAGAAGAGCUUCGAGCGUUUGUUGGAGGAGCAGCUGGCAGAGUUCACGGGAGCUGCAGGAGAGGGACGAGCUCUGAGACACAAAGCUGGAAUUUCCCUGUCUGCAGCCCUUGGGAUUCCGACGAGGAAGAGGAAACCUCUCACUGAAGCCGAGCUGGAGAUGCGACGCCAGAGGAGAGAGGAGGCUGCAGCCAAGAGAGCCAAACUGGAGGAGGAGACGAAGAGGAGACAGCAAGAGCAGAAACACAAGAAAAAAAUGGCGUGGUGGGAGUCAUGCAGCUACAGAUCCCGCUGCCUGCCGUCUGCUGACAGUGAAGAGGACGAAGAAGAAGAAGACGAGGAGGAGGAUGACAGAAGCGUUUGUUUCACGGACUCUGACAGCACGGCCAUUCAGUACGUUUUGGGGGAUGUCACUCAUCCUCACACCGCAGAGGGAAACGCCAUCAUCGUCCACUGUGUUGAUGACUCAGGACGUUGGGGAAGAGGAGGUCUGUUUACGGCUCUGGAGGUGAGAUCAGACGAACCACGGAAGCAGUAUGAGCUGGCAGGAAAGAUGAAGGAUUUGGAGCUCGGAAACGUGCUGCUCUUCCCAAUAGACGACAAACAGUCGAGAUCAGGCGGGCAGGAUCAGUUGGCCCUGAUAGUGGCACAGCAGAGAGACCGAGCCAACAACCUAUCUGGGAUCCUUCUCACGGCUCUCGACGAAGGACUAAAGAAGAUUUACACAGCAGCAAAAAGACAAAAGGCGAGCGUUCAUCUUCCUCGCAUCGGUCAUUCCACCAGAGGUUUCAACUGGUACGGCACAGAGAGACUCAUCAGGAAACACCUGGCUGCCAGAGGUGUCCCCGCGUUCAUAUACUAUCACAGCAGAACAGCAAAGAACACAGCUCCACCUCAGACCUCCACCUCAGCUCCCUCCACCUCAGCUGCAUCAACAUCAACGUUCUCUCCAAAACCAAAGCAACACAACUCUGACGGUCAGACUGACGAGACAGACGCACAGACCCCGGGACCCUCGGCCCCCGUGCAGAGCCCCGGCCCUGCAGAGCUCCCCACCUUCAUGGGAGGGGUCCGAGUGUUUUUCUACAACCUGCUUGCAUCAGAGAGGAAGAGACUCGCUCGCUACCUAAUCACAUAUGAUGGAGAUGAAGAGGAGGUCAUGAGUCCAGAGGUCACUCACAUUGUUGCAGAGGUGGAGAGCAGCAUCCACACACAGGAGCUCCAGGAUCUGCUGUGUCAGUACUCUCAGGCUGUCCCGGUGCAGAAAGACUGGCUGGAGUCCUGCUUCUCCAAACAACGCAAAGUCAACACUGAUCCUUUCAUACAUCCGCUUAGAUAACACUGCCUGCCACUGUGUUCCAAUAUUUUAAAAUGCUUUUGAGUAAAACUUGAAUGCAAGCUGCUUAAACAUGCACUAAAUGUUCAAUAAUGUUAAAAUGUUUGGAUUUUUAAAUGAAAAAAUAAGUAAAUAAAUGGACAUUUCUCUUCUA